AAGGAAGAAAAGCGCUUUUAGAAAACUAAGUGUACUCUGACUUCACGCUCAUACAUGAUUCAUAUUACGCAUUAAAAACUUUACUUUAGGUUACAACUCCAUAAUCAUCCUAUUUCUUUCCAUUCGGUGCCUCCUAUACCGACUGAGGGCGGGGCUGGUGGGGGCCAUUCGCAGGGUCACUCCACACUGCUGACGGUCGUAGCUUUCUUUUUUGUUAAAGGAUGUCUGCAUUAUUCAUCUUCCAAAUCUGGAUUGUUUUCCUGCCUUCUCCUGAGUGCUUCUAAAUUUUGACUAUGCUGCCUUGCUGAUAUUUAGACUCAUCCAUUAUUGACAAAGAAUGGUAAGAAAUAUACAUCUUAUCUGAAGGCAACAUCAGACCCUAAGUGGCGGUAGAGCUGUUGAGCUGCCACAAUGAGUGAAUUAGAUGCCGUUGGGAAGGGGGAUGCCCCCGCACCCUACAUGCUGUUUGUGGUGGUCUUCCUCUUCUUCAUCACUGGACUGCUUGGCUUCCUCGUCUGCCACAUGCUAAAGAAGAAGGGAUACCACUGUCGUACUGGUGACCUCGAUGAUGAAGAAGACGAGGAAGAGGAGCUGAAAGCAAAUGCAGGAGAUGAGGAGGAAGACAAUCAGGAUACAGUUGAUCAGAUUCUCAAGUGCAUCAUUGAAAAUGAAGCCAACAUAGAGGCUCUGAAUGAGAUGCUGGGCAACCAAAACAUUUGUGUGCACCAUGAUCCCAGAGUGAGGAAGGAAUCACUGGCUGGAAUACCUCCCCAUCAUCACACAGUGCACUCCGGCGGAAAUAUCAAUUCCUGCCACCUCUGUGCCCAGGUCCGGUCCAAAAAGAGUCGUCGACAAAGUAAAACGCCUCGUUUCAAACAACGGCCUGGAGAGCAGACAGUCCUCUCUGUUGGCAGAUUUCGUGUGACCCACACUGAUAAGAAGCUCCAUGGAGGUUCAAACUCAUUGGCUGAGUCUGGCAACCAACUAGAUCAAUCUCCAGACAAUGAUGACCGAAAGGAGGCUGGCUACAACCUCAGGAGCAUGUUCAAAGAUGCGCAACCGUUUUCUCAAGCCUCAAAUGGGCCAGCUCAGAAUGCAGGGAAACGCAGGAGGAGUCUGACAAUAUUUGGGUUAAGGAGAGGUAGUGAUGGUGCUGGGACUCGACUGAAUGAUGGGGCCAGUAAAGAACUUGGACUUGGGAAGUUUGGUGUCCAUCAACAGCCUGUGGUUUUGGAGGAGCCGCUGCCGAAGGAGAGUUGUGAACGCAGCCGAACACCUCCACCACCUGAAGUGUCUGGUUCUACUACAUCGGACGGAGUGAAUAAUGCUGCAACCCCUUCCUCCCCUCCUGGUAAUGAGCCUGAAGAAGAGCCUACUGUGGAUCCACCCAAAAGCCUCAUGAUUCCUUUGACUGCUGAGUCUCAAAAGAUACUGACUGCAACAAACACGGGAGAUGUGGUGUAUGACAAAAUGGAAGACAUGUGUGAUCCCGGACCUCAGCAGACCUCCACACCCAUCGUCCUCGAGCCUGGCUUGUUAGAGACAGCUCCUGGUUUUGAUGCUAACUUGACACUGGCGUGUUCAUCCCCGCCACCUUCCCCUCAAAAUAACUUAGCUACCUCACCUGUAUCAGCUGCGCUUACUACAGUAACAAGCUCAAGGAAUUCACAUUCAGAUGAGAAACAGACAGACUUUCUCUAAACAGCUCUUAAUCCAGAGUCUCCAGAAUCCACGUCCACCCAAUUCAUGACACCUGACACCUAGAAGGAAAUCAAGGUCUGUGACUUGUGAAGAAAAUGCAGUGCAACAGCAACAAACUCCUGGAGUUGCUAAUGACAGAGAAUGAUAGAGCCAUCAGAGCAGCUGCAGUAGUUGAAAGUACAGUUCCAUACCAGCCUGCUGAUAACGGCACGUGACCUUGAUGUCAUUACAGACCAGUCCUGGCACCAUCAGGGAUCAUCAGAGAUGUCAUUCCAAUUGCUGACAAAGGAGAAUCCAAGGAGAAGUCAACAAAAUGGUCAGCCAUCAAUGUCCUUGUUUCAACUGAAGGGGGAGGUGAGAAGAUGAACCCCUUAAGACGGAACCAGUGGAGCAGUCAGAGCUCCACUUCCUCCUACUUUUCAGCUUAAGGCUGGGUUUUUUUCCGACCAAACCAGCAGCACCUGACUGACAAUCAGGUGAUGCAGUGUUCAGACAGCAGAUUGGUUGGACAGCCUACUCCUUUGGUGGGAUGAAAAAGUUGGACACCCAUGGAUGAGAUCCUUGUGGGUAGAGUGGGAAGAUUGAAAGCACCGCUGUGAGCCAGCAAUUACAAUCGUAGUUAGUGAAUAUGUUAAUGUUAACCUUUUAAUGGCCAGUUGCCACACUGACUGUGGAGCAAUGUUUUGUGGGUUCAAACCUCCAUAAUCUAACCAGAGUGGGGUCUCUGGCAAUAUGCAUCGAAGUUGCAUUGGAUGAAAUGUUAAAUAACAUGUUGCAUUGACUUUAAAUGUUGCGCUGUUAUCCAAAUUGUAUUCUGCUCAAACACAUUCAUAAAGUUUGAGGUUUCUUCAGUCUUGAAAACAAUGAAUGCAGAAACAUACCUGUAUCCAUAUUUCAGUUAUUGAAGUGUUUCAUGUGUCAUAAAUUAAACGCAA